AGUAAAGAAGGUGGAGAGAAAGGGGACUCCACAGUCAGAGGCAAGUGAAAAUCAUCACUAUAUUCUUUCUCCAAAAGCAGAAUUUGUUGGGAUUUCUUCAGCUAAAUUCCUCAGCCACAGAAAGAAACAUCCAAAAGAGAGAUGUGCAGCCUCAAAGGUCCCUUUCUUUUCAUCUUCUUAUCAAUUACUUUCAAUUCCCUGGGAGCAACACCUGUAGAAAGAUUGCUCUCUUUGGCUGAGGAUUUCCCUGACGGGACUCCCAACAGACAAGAAUGGCUCUUACCUGUCCUUUCCAGAAGUGCUGGCUUCUUAGGACUGAACGGAGCUCUCCUGGGGGAAGAAACAGUAAAGCCCAAAAGCCACCGCUUGGAGAAACGGAAAUGCAGUACAGCCACCUGUGUGACUCAACGCUUGGCCGACCUCUUAGUCCGUUCCAGCAGCACCUUUGGAACAAUCUACUCACCUACCAAUGUAGGAUCCAACACUUAUGGCAAAAGAGACAGAGAACCUCCAAACUAUCUACAACUUUAACAUCUUGAGACAGCGAUGGCUGCAGCCCUCGUUAGGAAUAUCGAUCGUUCCUCUCCCCAGCAUUUAUGUACAAAUUCCUGAUCUCCCCCCCCCAGUCCUCCAUACAAGUUUUCUUUGCUUCGGUGAAGUUGCCAUAGAUGAAAGCAAGUUUGAGGGUUCAGCAGCCCAGUGCCUUGUUCUCUUUGUGUGCAUUUUAUGUUCGCAGCCCAAAAAUCUGUCAUUCCUCUUUGCACAUGGGAUAAUAUGCCUAGCGUUUUGAAGUGGUAACGAUCCUGCGAUCCACAUGCUUGUGAUAAUCCUUCCAGUGAAAAGAAAAUAAACCUCAUGCCCGCAGGCUAUAAAUAUUUGAACUGUAAAUUGCAACCGGUUUGGGUUUGUUUGUUUGUUUUUUUAAUUAAAAAGAC